GUCACGUGACCGGCGGGAGCGAGCAUCGGUUCAUAAACAACAUGGCGAGUUUGGGACAGACAGAUGUGCUUUUAAAAACAAAUUAGACAAACAGUCAAGCAGAAAAACAGUUCAGCGGAGAUUAAUAUCUGUGUAUAAACUUUGUCAUAGCGCUGUUGUUCUGUGAUAAACGUCUGAGCGGAGAGCUGAGAGACUGCAGAGUUACGUAGUGGUUCCUGUCAACACCAUUGUACAGAAGAUCUGGGUUGGUACUCAGUCUAUGGGCUCUCAAUCCAGUUCUGGGAUGUCCGGUCGGGGUUCCAGCGGUAACCCAGACCAGUCAGAACCAGAAUCCAACCAGAACUCCAACCAGAGGGGUCGCCGACAGUCCGACAGGCAGACAGAGAGAGUGACAGCGUCCGAGGAAGACGUAGACUUAGCACAAGUACUGGCGUACUUACUCAGAAGGGGCCAGGUGAGACUGGUCCAUGGCAGCGGAGCGACGGGGCUGCAGCUGGUCCAGUCUGUCUCAGACUCGGAUGAGGACAGUGAUGGAGCCUGGGAGGGACGGCUGGGACACCGCUAUGAUCCUCCAGUGGACUCCCACCCAGACACACAGGAAGUGGACCGCAGUGAAAUUCGGACGCAGAUCCUUCUGGCCACAGCCUCUUCAAACUUGAAGGGCAGACAUAGCUUCACUCAUAUGCUGGCUCAGAGGGAGCAAGGUCGGUGUCGUGGAUCCAGUUUCUCUCAUGGAGAGUGCAGCCGUAUUCGCUCACAUUUUCUGCCCAACUUUGUGGCCCAUAAGGACACUUAUCAGCAGAAAGCUUUCUGUGGAGUCUACAGUGAUGAUGGAAACUUGUUCCUUUCUGCAUGUCAAGAUCAGAAUAUCAGGCUGUACGACACCAGCAGAGGCGGGUUUAUGCUGAAGCGGACAGUAAAGGCGAGGGACGUGGGCUGGAGUGUGCUGGACGUGUGCUUUACUCCAGACUCACGAUCUAUCCUCUACUCCAGCUGGUCUGACUACAUCCAUGUCUGCAGCAUAGAUGGUGAAAGUGAAACGCACACCGCUCUGGACCUCAAUCCAGAGGAACGGAGGUUCUGUGUGUUCUCUCUGGCAGCAUCCACAGAUGGGAGAGAAAUUCUAGGCGGAGCGAACGACGGCUGCCUUUAUGUAUUUGACCGUGAACAAAAUAAAAGAACUUUGAAGAUUGAUGCUCAUGAGGAUGAUGUAAACGCAGUGGCAUUUGCGGACAGUUCGUCUCAGCUGCUAUUUUCGGGUAGUGAUGAUGCUCUGUGUAAAGUGUGGGACAGACGUACGCUGAGAGAGGACAGACCACAACCUGUGGGUCAUCUUGCCGGACAUAGAGAUGGAAUCACAUUCAUACACAGCAAGGGUGAUGCACGGUAUCUGAUAAGUAACUCUAAAGAUCAGACGAUUAAACUGUGGGAUGUGAGGAAGUUUUCUCCUAAAGAAGGUCUCGCUGCCUCGCGGCUUGCUGUUACUCAGCAGAACUGGGACUACCGCUGGCAACAGGUUCCACAGAGAGCUUUGAAGAGACAUAAGCUCACUGGAGACACAUCGGUGAUGACCUACAGAGGUCACGGAGUACUGCACACACUGAUCCGCUGCCGUUUCUCUCCGGAGUUUAGUACUGGUCAGAGAUUCAUCUACACAGGCUGUUCAACUGGAAAAAUCAUCAUCUAUGACGUCUUGACCGGCCGUGUGGUGUCCAGGCUAGUGGGUCAUGAUGCAUGUGUAAGGGAUGUCAGUUGGCACCCGUUUCAGGACAACAUCAUCAGCAGCUCUUGGGAUGGUGCUGUGCGGCUGUGGGAACACAGACAGUCUCACCUACUGGACGAAGAGAGCGACAGGCCGAGAGAGUGGAUAAGCAGCCUAGGAAGAGAGGAGAGGAUAGAGUGAUGAUGGAGAGGAGAAUAAAUAUGGCAGAGGAAAUCGUGCAAUUUCACUAAACUCAUGACAUGGCCGGCGGUGUGAUUUUUGAGUGAUACAAUAUUGAUUUUUUUUUCUUGUUGGCCAAAAGUCACUCUGAGGGUAAAAGUACAGAGUAAUUAAAUGUCCAGUAAGAGUUCAUUCAGAAUCAAAGUUCAGAGUGAAGGGCGAAAUUUUCUGUUCUUGAUGUUGAAAGUUUUCACUGAUAGUUUAAAUGCAGCUUGACUGUUAAACGACAGUUAGACACAAAACAACUGCUUCACUUACUUCACAUACAGUAAUAAUAAGACGUAUAAUAAAUAAUAAUAAAAAAUAAUAAUGCUUUCUGUCCAUGUGACAAAGCACUGUUCAAAUGAUCACAUAUUGAGAAUUGAGAUAAAAUGGUGAUAUUUACAGGUGCUCUACAGAAUGCUACAUAAUGUAAGAUAUUUUACUGCUGUUCAUGUUCAUUAUUAAAGAGGAAAAUCUUAUUUUGUGGUUUAGUGUGAAAAGAUUUGUGUUUUUGUUGUGAGAGUGAGGGUGAGAGUGUGUGUUGUUGCACAGAUUUUGUUUUUGUGGGUCUUCUGAGUGAAUUUGUAUGCUUAUGUCAUUCAUCCUGUCAAACUAAAUUGUUUUACAAUGUUAAUUAAAACCCUUUUCAGUUUCAUAA